AUGAACUUGGGGUUGCAAAUGAUUGAGUUACAAGACCUGUAUUAUAUGAUGUGCCUUUUUGUGGGUCCCAAAGAUUCUUUUGCCCUACAAAACCUUACCCAAAUAAAAAUCGUGGGAUGUGAAAGAUUGGAAAUAAUUUUCUCUACUUCUAUUUUAAGAUGCCUAUCACAAUUGAUUUAUCUAAGAAUAGAAGAAUGCAAAGAGUUGAAGCAUAUCAUCAAAGAUGACUGGCAGAAUCAAAACUUGUCCUCAACAACAUGUUUUCCAAAUCUAAACACACUUGUUGUAAUAAAGUGUCGCAAAUUGAAAUGUGUCUUUUCGGUCUCCGUAUGCAAAGAACUUCCUAAAUUAGAGGCUUUGAUGAUAAGUGAAGCAGAUGAGUUGGAAGAAAUAUUUAAAACUGAAGGUGAUCAGAAAAUCGAGAUCUUAAAUCUAAAUAUUGUAGCUUUAGUCUACCUACCGAGCCUCUUCCAUUCCCAAGGAAUUCAAUUUGAAGCGGCAAAAUAUCGUUUUGUACAACAAUGUCCAAGACUCUCUUUGACUUUAGCCUCAACUCCUUCUGUCAUGCUUGACAUUGAUAAAAUUUGCUGCUUGGUCAAAGAUUUUGAAACACAUGCACAAUUUAGACGUUUAUUCGAACGAUUACAGAAAGAUUCUAGAGGUCAAUAUACUAUUAAUGAAAAUACAAGUGUAGAAACCCCAAAAGAUGAAGCAGCAUUAGGAAAUGAGUCGACUUUUACACAGAUACCAGAGGCAGAGCAUGAGGAAUUAAGUUCUCGUAAUCAUGUCAUGCAUGAGUUUGAUGAAUUGGUUUCUACGAAGCUUGUUGAUUAUAAGAACAUGCAUUUGUUGAUUGAUUUUCUUGUUAAACAUCCUUCAGUUCUUUUAAGGGAUACUUCACUUAGUAACAGAUACAAGGGUUAUGCAUACAACUGCCUAGCUAAGCUAUUGAAAUUUCUCAAAACCCAUAGUGUGUUGGAUGUGUUAGGUUCAAGCCACUCAGAAUUUGUUGAGUUAUUUAAAGAUGUGCGCAGUUUUGCUUUUGACAAGGGUUGGUUGGAUGGUGUUGAAAAACGCGUUUUCUUUCCUUAUUUGCAAUUUUCUCAAGAUGCAUUGCAACAAUUAUUCGAUUCUAAUAAACAAGUUACCGAGGAUGUUGAAGAGGUGAGUUUGAAGAUAAACAAUUUAACUCAACAUGUGGAAGAUCUUAAGCAUCAAUUGACCUCCUCUAAAGCUAUUUUGGAAAGUCUGACUCAACAGGAGAGAUCAAUUUUGGAAUCUAAGGUUGAUUUAAGUGCCCCUAUUGGCUAUUAGAGUAUUUUCCCUUGCAUUGUGUUACUACGACUUCUAUUGUUGUUAGAGAUUUUACCCUUGAAUCUUGGGUAAUUUCUUUUAUCGUUUGAGUGAACUACUAUCUUAUUAUGCUUGUGAAUUUA